CAUUCCAGAAGUCUGAGAACGAUCGCAUCGCGUUACAAAUGACUCACUCCACACUCUGUUCAACCUAUUCCCUGCCUCCGCAACUUCUCAGAGUUGAGAAGUCUGCUCUUGACAGCAGGUAUCACAAGGAUCAUCCCUUAAGCGAUCAAUGCAUGAUGUCCAAGAAGGAAAUUUCGAAACAAGCGAUUGGGCAGCAGGAAAUGUUUUCAUGGUAUCCCUUCUCUGCCAACAGACAAGUGCGUAAUGAGCAUGAUGAUAAUUUCACUUGAAUAUAUGUUUUGGUGGGGUUUGGGCACGGAUAUGUUGUGCUCGUGAAAUAUAUGUACUACAUUCUCCCCCAAGUGUCGGUGCGAACUCAGGUCUCCCUCUUGCAGCCAUCAUCUAGCUAGACAAGCAAGCCUUAGCAAGGCGUCUUCUAAUUUCUUCACUACACAAAGACCAGCUAUCCUCAAGAUGUCCGAGCCCACUUCUCCAGUCGCUGAAAACAGCUAUAAGAAACCCCUCCCUCUCUCGCCCUCGAACAAUGGUCGUCCCGGAACUUCUGGUACAGAACUCGGGCUUCGAGCCAAUAGAGAAAAGGCAUCAUCUGCAUACGAGCGUGCCCAGCGAGCAGAAGCCGCCUAUCGUGCCAAGCGACGAGCAACAUAUGCCAGGAAAGACUACCAAGCUGCAAAAGAGCAUUUCAAGAACGCUGGAAAGAGCUUCAAAGAGGGAUCAAAGUGUGCAUGGUUGGCUGUCAAAGCUGGACCGGCAAUUUUGAUGGAGAAGAAGGAGAAGAUGAGAGAGGGGAAGGAAAAGAAGGAUAGGGAGAAGGCUGAAGAGAAAAAGAGACUGUGGGAGGAGAAGGCCAAGAAGAAGAGUGUUGACGAGGGGACGGAUGGUGAAGAGGCUAUUCCUACGGUACAGCCUGUCUCUGCCGAUGUAUAGGCGCUCGCGGUCUCAAUCGAGGAUGAGGGAGUGAAUGACGGUCAUGGGUAUAGUCUUGUUUGUGUGACUUGGAGAUGUUAGAUCUCAAAGGGAUAAUAGGGAUGCUUGAGGUCUUUGUCUGAUGUAUUGGACAUUCGAUUAGUGUGGAGUCGGUGGCUUACUGGGGACGAUGAUAUUUUAUUUAAUGGCUGGACUUGCUGGGAUCAGAAGUAGGAGCAUUUGGGGGAACUUUCAUUUGUUUGUUGGCCUAAUAUACCCCUGCUUUCUUCCCUUUGUCAAAGUCGGUCAUGUCAAUCUUCACUCUGCGUUUAAGGAUGUUGGAACAUUACUCAAAUUGUCAUUUGCAAGUGGUGAGUGAAUGACGGUUUGCAAAUUUGGACAU